CCAAAGAAGAAGACAAAGGUGACGCGGAGCAUGCUGGGAAAUACAAACAUGGCGACCCGCGGUGAGUUAGCCGGCAAAGCUAUAUGCGCUUCAGAAUUGGACGUUCUACUUCACCCUGAGCUUCUGUCUCAGGAUUUUCUCCAGUUAAUUUUAAAUGAGAAAAAGGUCAAUUCCAGAGAUUGUGGGACUCGGGACCAGCUCGUAGACCUCUACGUGCGACAUGUCAUCCCGCGGCCGCAGCGCACGUUACCCAACAACCGCUGGGGGAAAAGGAUGGCGAAGACUCGCGGUGGACAAGCACCGACCGGCUUGCUACCGGACAGGGACCACCUUACUUCCUCCCGUCUCAUUUCCUGCGGCUCACUAAAAGCGAAGAAGCCGGAGACGAGCGCAAUGUCGUCAUCAGGAGAGGCUGACAGGCUAAAACCCCCUCCGGCUUUAAACCUGGCCAACCCCAUUCGUCGUCUGUGUGGCAGUUCGUCGUCGUCGUCGUCGCCGCCGCCGUCAUCGUCAUCAUCAUCUUCCUCUUCCUCUUCCAACCAGAAGUUUUCACGCUGCUCAGACGCCGCGAGCCUAAAACGGGAGGCAAACUGCUCGGGUAUUCUGAUGUCUCCAGAGGUGAAGAAAAAGAUUCAGCACGUGACUUGGCCUUGACGUCUGAGUGACAGCGAAUCACCUCUUUCGCCACUCACUAAAUGUCGUCGUGCUCCAUGUGACAGUGAUUUCACCAAAUAAACUCCUUUUAAAACAUUCA